AUUCAAGAAGAAGAGGCAUGUAGCAAUUUGUAAACUUAAAUGAUAAAAGUUGUUUACAUACAUAUAGAACCAACAGAUUGCACUGACAUUAAGAAGCAUGAAGGAAAGAACAGAACCGGAAUAUACAACAUAAGUUUAUGGAAAACUGGCCGAAAAACACCUGUGUAUUGUGACUUUGAUACAGAUACGGGAGGAUGGACGGUUUUUCAAUAUCGAUUCAAUGGCAAUGUGGAUUUCUACAGGAACUUCAGUGACUACGAAAACGGCUUUGGUUCAUUAGACGGCGAAUUUUGGUUAGGUCUAAGGAAUAUCUACGAGAUGGUUUCUCAAGGAAAAACAGAGUUAAGACUGGAUCUGACAGCGGCUGGUGGAGAACAUGUAUACGAAACAUUCCAGAACUUUCACCUUAGUGAUGGUCCUUAUUAUUCUCUACAUAUUGACAAGGGAGUCGGAACUGCAGGUGAUACAGCUGGAUUGUCAUACAGCAAUGGUCAACAUUUUACCACCUACGAUGUUGAUAGGGAUAAAUAUGUCACGAAUUGUGCUGUCAAUAAACAUGCUGGUUGGUGGUACAAAUCAUGUUCGCACGCUAAUCUUAACGGACUAUAUGUUACUCCAGGCACAACGAAAAAGUGCCAACUCGAGUGUAGCAUGCAUUAUUAUCAAUUUAAAACUUAUAAUUCAUUAAAAAUAUCAAAAAUGAUGUUUCGACGAAUAUAGCCGUUGCUUGAACAAUCUUCCGUUAGCUUCAUUAUAAAUGUAAUAAAGACACAUUUCUCUUAUAACACAAAACAAUUUGAUAUAUAUUCAAUUUACAAAUAUUUGAAUUGAAAAUUGUGCUUGGUGUUUGUUUGGUCACCUCAAUUUGUAUAUUUAUUGGUUUGAGAUUGACUAACACAAAUACACGCCAUACAACAUAUUCUGGAAC